AUCCCAAAGGUGUUCUCAUUUUCUUUCCAAAGCCAACCCAAGAGAGGAAGAUCAUAAACAGGUCUCUUCUUCCCUCUUGACCCUUCUCUUUGUGAGAGUAGUGAGUCAUUUUUUUCUAUUUUCCUUCCCUUCAAUUUCCAUCAUGGCUUCCCCUUUCCCUUUACCAAUCCUCUUCCUCCUCUUCCUCUCCAUCCCUUUCUCCUCCGCCAAGCUCAACGUGGACUACUACAAGAAAACAUGCCCUGACUUCAACAGAAUCGUCACUGAACAAGUCUUCAACAAACAAAGCACCAGCCCCACCACCGCCCCUGGCAUCCUCCGCCUCUUCUUCCAUGACUGUAUCUCCGGCGGCUGUGACGCUUCCCUUCUCGUCACCUCCACCGCCUACAACCCCCAUGCAGAGAGAGACUCUGAGUCUAACCUCUCCCUCUCCGGUGACGCCUUCGACAUUAUCCAGAAAAUCAAGAAUGCUCUGGAGCUAGCAUGCCCUGGUGUUGUGUCCUGCUCUGACAUUAUAGCUCAGGCCACAAGGGACCUUGUGAAAAUGGUGGGUGGACCCUAUUACAAUGUGAGGCUUGGGAGGAAGGAUAGCCUUAUCUCUGAUGGUUCAAGAAUUGAAUCAAAUCUUCCAAACCAGUACAUGAACAUGGAUCAGAUCAUCGAAAAGUUCACCUCAAAGGGUUUGACUAUCAAAGAGAUGGUGGCUCUCACUGGUGCACACACCAUUGGUUUCACUCACUGCAAGGAAUUCAGCAACAGGAUCUUCAACUUCAGCAAGACCACUGAGGUUGACCCUACCAUGCACCCAAAGCUUGCUGCAGGGUUGAGGAAGAUUUGCCAGAAUUACACCCAUGACCCUACAAUGGCAGCAUUCAAUGAUGUGAGGUCACCAGGGAAAUUCGACAAUGCAUUCUUCCAGAAUGUGCUCAAAGGGGUGGUGCUAAUGUCCUCUGAUGCUAUUCUUGCUUCGGACCCAAGGACAAGGCCAAUUGUGGAGCUCUAUGCAAAAGAUGAGCAAGCAUUCUUCCAUGACUUUGCAAAAGCAAUGGAGAAGCUUUCUGUGCAUGGUGUGAAGACUGGGAAGAAAGGAGAAGUGAGGAGUAGGUGUGACCAGUUCAACCACAUUCCUGCUUCUGCAUAGAGGACAAAUUGAUAAUUAAUAAUAUUAAAAGAAAAAAUUCAGUGAACUUUCCUUUAUUUGAAUUCUUGUAAUGUUGGUUUCCUUUUGAUGUUUUUGUUUUCUGGAGAAGAAGAAAAGGAGAAAGUUUUAUAGGGCUUGUGAGGGAAAAUGCAGUUUUACCCCCCAUUCAAAAAUUUGUGCUCUGGUGUUCCUAUUAAUUUGUUGAUGGAUAAACUAUAUAUAUGCAAUAAGUGUCUCAUUGGAAAGUUCA